AUGUUCAGGGGUUCAAUGCUCGACUUUCUUGGAGACAAUGAAUUGGCAGCAUCAACAGUCACUAUUCUUCCUAAAGGAGAAGCACGACAUGCAGGCACUGCCUCAUCUAGGUGGAGUUCAACAGCAAAUUCAACUCCGGAGAAUGAGACACCGGUAGUGAUAUCAGUAACUCUUCCUUUCUCAACCGUCGCAAAGUAUAUGGGGAGCCUUUUUAUGUUUAAUUUACUACGAGGAAUAAAGUAUACUUGGCUGGCUCUCAAUGUUCAAGUCUCUUAUGAAUAUUAA